AUGGCACGAAUCAGUGUCGGCAGGACCUCUCGUUCAGCCGGUACAGGACCCUUCCAGGAUCCAAAACAAGUCCCACCACAGGCUGGUCCAUUCAUACCUGGCCCUCCUAUGGGCGGGUCGGCCAUGCGGCAUGGACCUCCGCUGCUUGGAGGCCCUCUGGGUCCUGCCUAUCCACUUCCACCUCGUGGACCCGUGAAUGUUUCCGGUAAGUAAAUAUACCGUCCCGUGCAGACAUGGGUUGUCUUUCUGUGGAAGUCUUCUGGCUGCGCAAGGUCGUAUUUUUGUAGGCCUGUAGCUGACUACUCAGUUCAGUUUUAUUGAGGGAAAUAUAGGUCUUCACCUUUGAACUCCCUACUUGUUUUCAAACAACUGCAAAUCUCAAAAACUGGAAAAGGUAUCAUAAAGGUUACAAAUAAUCGGAAAAUCGUCAGCUCUGUACAGACAAACAAACUGUCCCGAAUGUUAGUGGUACGAGCAGUUGUACAACGGUCUUUUCGAGUGCAGGGAAAUAAAUAAUAUAACCGGUGACAAAAGUUGCAUAGGUGCAUGUCAGUAAGCGUAGGCGAUGGGUUGGAGACAAUAAGCAAUUCAAUUUAAAGUGUUACUGAAAUAUGGCCAGUAGUAUUAUGACAACGGGAUUUGUCAAGGUUACAGAGGUCGGGUGGUAAUUUAGUGGACUCUGCUACACAAAUGCAGCAUCCUCUUAAAGACCUCGGCGGAAGCAGACAUAACGACAUCCACAGGCAGGGCGUUCCAGGCUUCUAGCACUCUGUUAGAGAAGAAGAACUUUCGGGUGUCUGUAGCUGAGUACCCAGCCUGUGAGUACCUAAUUAUUAGGGGUUGAGUGCUUACCCCUACCCCCCACACUCAACUCACCGUUCCUACCUCUACCUUCCAGGAUGUCCCCCGCCAGGGCCAAUGUCACUUGGACCCGCAAGAGCUCCACCUAGUCCUUGGUGGCGUGGCCCACUGGGUCCCCCACCUCAACAUCCUUCGGGCUAUCCCAGUCCUGGUGAUCCUGCCCCAUUCCGACCGCGUCAUUUCUCCCCAGUACCGCCUCCACCUGGCCCUCGCUAUCCUCCUCCCCCACCUGAAUCGUUCUCCACUGGUUUCGUUCCCGCUCAGCCUUUUCCCCCAUUUCCCGCGCCCUACUCGGCUGCAGAAACCGGCCUCUUUCCAGAUUUGGUAGAGGAUAGUCCGCAACUGCGGUAUUUGCGACAGAUCUGUGCUGGCCUCCGAUCGGCCUGUGUCUCUGCCCUCGUUGCCACAUUGAGAAGCCUUCGUCAUGAGGAAUUAUUCCGAGUGGUCUACUGGCAACUUCAUUGCUUUUCGCCGACAGACGUUGAGGAGCUGAAGGAAGCAGUUGUGGAUGCUGUCUUUGCUUCCCAAGGUAUUGUUAUUUUGUUACUGGUCUCCAUUUUACCUUUCUGCCUAAUGUCCCGCCCCCUUGAUUCAUCUUUGUACUUAAAGGCAGUGUCAUUUAUACAGAUUAGGGUUUAUACCUCUACCCGCAUUUUGGAUUGCCACCCCUUAUUUAAAGAACAACGGACAGUUCGACCGUCGGAUGAAACAACAAAUAUGUAUGGCUAUACCCUACUCAAAUAGAUAUAGUAGGUAUUAUUUCUAGACCGGAUAUUUGGGUGCCUACGCCCGAUUGUUACCGACUGUCGUUCCCGACGAUGUCCAUCGUAUGUCUCUCAGCAGGCUGAGCGCAGGGACGAUGACUUGUGUGUAAACUAGUUCAUAGUUAUAGUAGACUUGUAGAGCAUCUACCGCACUCUCUUCUUCUCUCCUAUCUGGGUCCGUGGCCAAGACAGGGCCAAGAGGACCGGAGGCAAAAGACGGCGCAGGUAACUGGCACAGCGGGGACCCGCACCUAGGCGCGUCACCACACCUCCUGGUCUACAAACAAAUGACCAAAAUUUUUAAAAAAACCCUAAUCACCAAAUGGUUUAUGGUCUUUAGAGCCUUGCUUCGAGAAUUAUCAGGACUUAGUGCAGUCCAGUCCUCCCAGCCAAAAAAGCAAUGCCAUCCUCACGCGCCAGCUAGCGCUCUCGAUUUUAACAUUCGAAGUCGGCAGAGCGAGUGAAGAUGUUUCAACGUGGAUGCAGCACUUAGUGCCCCACUUUACUAUACUGACGCGCUUAAAAUUGCCACAUUGUGCUACAGGCUGCGACCUGGAAAGUUGCCAACCAACACCGUACCUUGAUCAUAGAAACUCUCGUGUUUUGUGGCUGACCCUGCCAGGUUGGCAGGUAAAAACCACAUCCCCCUAAUUCCGACAUCAGCUGACUGUCCGACUCGGGCGGUGAACUGGCACCCGAAAGAGGGAGGCCGACUGCGUCCACCUGACAAGCACCUCAUAUUCCCCACUGUAGACAAUCUGACAGGCUUUUAAGCAACCACGGUGCGCUAACAGCCAUGACUCGAACGGCUGCUAGUUGACAGGUUACCUUCUCAUCGCUUGGAAUGAACAAUGUAUCAGUACACACAGACGUCCUCCUCUAAAGUAUUGUUAUUUCUGUGGUAGGGGGCGCUCACCGAUCGUUCUUACGGAAUUCACUCGUUCCCUUGUGCCUUACGGACUCACUCUCUCGAACCCAACCAGCAGCCGCACAACAGCACAUGAUAUAGGCAGUAUGUUAUUACCGACAAAGGUAAGGGAGACUGGAAUGGCCAUUUCUGGCUUAUUAGCCGUCGUCAGCCAGCCAUACCCAAGCCCGAAGUGUGGGACAUCCGAGGCUCGAACUCGCGACCUGUUAGUUAGAAGUCCACGCCUCUAACCACUGGGCAACGAGCCUGUUGCCCUGUCGGUUUUCGAUCGGAAAUGUACCAUAGUAAGGGGCGCUCACUGGCUGACGUAGCUGGGCAAGCUAGAAGCUUUCCAGUUUGGACGAAUGUCCUUGUCGGUAAUAACAUUCUGCCUAUAUCAUGCGCCGCUGUGCGGCUGCUGGUUGGGCUCGAGAUAGAGAGCCCGUAAGGCACAACGAAACGAGUGAGUCCCGUAAGAACGAUCGGUGAGUGCCCCCUACCAUAGUAUUGAUAUUAUUCGCGUACCUUUCUGUCUUAGUCCGCUGUAGUGCUCCCCCGUUGAUCUUUCGCCGUUUCUUCCUUUAUUACAAUUCGGUCCCGCACUUUCCAGUUGACCGUUCAGUUUUGCUUCUCUGUCAGGCAGUGGGUCUGCAGAUGAAGUCCUGCUUGUGAGCAAACAGAGCGAGCACCUUUGCGACAUGUGGUCAGCCAUUGUUUUCAAUCUCAUCAUGGGGAAAGUGACUGAAAAUGGUCAGAGCCGAUGUUUUACAGCCAUUCCUUGGUGCGCGGCUACUUGCAGGAAAACCUGGGCUUCGGGACAGCAUGCCGGACUUUUACAGGUCCGCUAGUAGAUAUUAACAAGGUGUGUGAGAGACGUGGUUCCGCCCGCGACGUGAAUGAGAACAUGGGUGGUGGGGAUAGGAUGCCUGGUCAGUUUUAUCCUCCAACAGCAUGGCCAUCUCUCUAUACCAUGGGAGACGUUGGAGAGAGGAAGAGAGAUAGGGGGUCGGUAGUAUGCAGGUGCCUCCAUUCUACUACCACUCGGCUCCAGGUACUCGCUGUCCUUUAGGUUGUGGUGUUCGCUGUCGAGUAAAAAGGACCCAAAGCGGUAAGACACUUCUCGUAAUACACCCUAGGGUGAGUGGAGGAAGUCCGUCGGAAUAAAGUUUUUCUCGCAAAUUUCGAGCCGGUUGCAUCAUACGGUUUCUAACUGAGUAAAUUCUGACUGGUAGCGAGUAAAUCCAGCAGGCAUCGCUGUGUCCUUAUCUUUUCUAGCGUCGUCUGGUGCUCAGCUAUUGGAAUUUCUCCUCGAUUUGUCAUGCAUUCCCCUCGGAGAAUCGGCCCCGGAGUCGGAGGUACAGGCUCGAGCAUCUCUACAAUUCGCAUCCAGGUCAAUUUUAAAGGCCAUCUGCAAUCGAGCUUGGCAGCGCCUUACGACGUAAGUAAUUUGCCUAAAUUAUUUCUUGUCUACUAAACCGUGUGUUAAAUUGGGCCUGUCGUUGCUCCGAGUCUACUUUGAAUUGGGAGGUAAUAACAGUUCUCUCUAUUCGCAGUCUUUGACUUACUGAUAGCCCAGAAAACCCCACAAAACCGAAUUCCGUAACAUUUCUGCUUGGCAGCCUAACCGGGACCCUGACGACUGUCCUGCAAUCUGCUCUCACGCGACCUAGCCAAUUUCACCCGAAAAGAUCACGUCUACUUAAUAAAGAAACAGUAACGCGUUUUUGCCAAUUUAAAAACCAACCAUCGUUACUGAAUUUCCAGCUCUCGGCUUCCGUCUCUGGAAGAGGACGGACGGGAUGAUCAAGGCUUCUUCGAGGCUCUCGAUCUCUUGACCACAUCUUCGGCUCCCAUUUCCUCUCUGCUGACCAAUUUCUCAGGUGGCGGCUUGCUCAUGCACCGACUGAUUUCGAAUUCCUGCCAAGCCUCUGGUCGGCUCCUCAUUUUGCAUUCUGUCGCCAGGAAUCCUGGCUUGGCUGAGAUAAUCUUCAGUAAGUGAUUUUCCCUAGUAAACUUCAAACCUGUCCGCGGUCGACCGAAGUAUUGUAUUUUGAGUAUUUUAGGGUCUGUAUAAAACGUACGAAACUUUUGUCCCCUGGCUUUGUUUAACAACUUGUUAGUCGUCGCGGUCCGCAGCAACACUAGUUCCCUUCUUCCUUAAUCCGAUCUACUCGUAAUUUAAACUAUUUUCUCCGUCCUCCCCUCCUCAUUACUAAUACUACUGGUACUACUACUUCUACUACUACCACUACUUCUACUAAUACUACUACUACUACUACUUCCACCUCUACCACUGCCACCAUCACCGCCACCACCACCGCAUUACUGUUGCCACUGCCGCUGCGUCUACUGCUGUUACCACCGAUUGAACUGAAAGUGCCUCCUAAAGCUGUCAAUCUUCGUGGUUUUAAUUUUGAUCCAGGGGCAUUUAACUAUCCCCCUAUCCUCCCUUAUGUAAGGCAACUUAAUUUGCUGGGAGGAACGCCCUGACUCACCGCAUGACAACGCCUGCCCUCUCCUCUACUUCUUUCCCCUCAUUCUUGAGUGGGAAUCUGUCUCAAUCUCGUACUCCUCGGCCGUUGCCGAAGUGAGUCAAUCCGCCCUCAGCCGAGGCGUCUCACCUGGCGAGAAACUCCUGCGGCGCGUGCUUGAGCGCAUUCUAUUUCGCGGACCUGAAAUCGCCUGGUUGAGAAACCUCCUCUGGUUGACACGCCGAGAACUGGCACUGUCUGGCGGUGUUUGUGGUCGCUCUGCUCCAUCACCUUCACCUCCAUUCCGGCUUCUACCCGCACUGGCAACACUCCUUCCACGCCUUAUUUCACUCCUGCCUUGUGGACCAAUCAGUGACGACGCUGUUGACGGUAAUCGGGGCAAGAACAUGGAGGUGCGGCGGACGGCAAGUUUGGACUACUUUCAUGCAAAUCCAUCAGUUGCAUAGCUGUUACCCUCUAAUGGCAGGCCUUGGCGCCUCUUAUUUAAUCCUAGGCUGAUCAGAUUACUCCAGUGUGCCAGCACUUCUCUGCUGCAUUCACAAUGUGUUUGCGAGUGCCUCAAAGUUUGCAUCUCUUAAGUUUUAACAUCUCGGCGUUUCGAUGAUCGCGAACGACGAUAUCUUCCGUGUGCCCCCCAGAAAGGUGGACGCACUGACUUGCGCAGUGUCUGCCGCACUCUCUCCUCCCUCGCCCGCCUGAAUCCGGUGUCAAAACCGAGUAAGGACGACGAGGGGCGGGCUCGGGAGCAGUGAUCGACGAUCGAAUAGGCGAUCGUUGGAACAAAAAGUGUAUUGGCCUGGUGUUUCGGGUUCUCUCCCAAACCGGUCAUCAGAGGCAGUCGCAGAUUAGGGAGCACAGUAUUUAUAGGACGCAGUUGCCACGCAACUACAUGCGUACUAUAACUAACGGCUCUCGAGUUAACCGCUGAGGACCUUAUAUGGUGCAAGGAUCGCUUAUCAGUCCUCAUCCGAGUUGUUAAUCGCUGCAAUUUCCCCACCGUUGUUUAUUCUUGGCGUGAUGACUACUCUGUCAUUCGGCUGGCUGUCACUCAACCUAUUAGCUACCCUCGUCCUCCUCGCGUGACUAAUUACUCUGUUCAGGCAAAACCUCAGCACGUAAUAUGGAGACGGGAGACCCUUACGAUCGUUAGUCGACUGCGGGUCAAAUAACCGUGACUCAAGCAGCUCGCGGCUCACGCGGUUGUCCCCUCUUGCGAGAAUGUCGGCCUCACCAAACCCCAAGGUGUAGCCGGGUCCCGUCGAAUGAGUGGCGAUAUGAGAGCCAGGGUCUUUUCUCCACACUGCCGCCGCACGUUCGGUCAUCCGCGUCCAGAACAAUCGAACAGUCUCUCCAGCGCAGUUGCUUUGCCCGCAACUGCAUCAGGCCCGGUAAAUGGUUGCUGUCGGGGCAGUUGGUCUUUCGGCCACGUUACUUGGUGCUCCGAUAGUUGCUCCUGGUCUCUGUGCAACUCCAACUCAAGCGGUGUGGGGAGGCGGCUGACAGCCUCCGAGACGUUGUUCACGUACAGCAGCACUCGCCAUAUUUUGGAGCCAGUGCGACGGGUUAGACUAAUACACUUCAUGUUCCAGCGAUAACAUCCUCUUCUUCUGAGCUGCUUCCUACAAGCAUGCCUGUUCGACCAAACAACCCAUCUACGCGUGCCGGACACGACGAACCGGAUUUUCAGAAGUAGUCGCCUCGGAUUCCACUCGAGUGGUCAUGACAUAUAAGGGCCACACUCAGAUUAGGCCGUUGCUACCUGACUCCCCCCGCCUGAGAGGACCGGCUUGUCUCGCCGGUUAACAGCCCUCAAAGCCACGACUCUUGGCGCAUCAUGACAGUUUAAAAGCGCGUUGGACUGUUUAUAGUGAGGAAAAGGCGCUGAAGUGUCGUGGGAACGGAGUCCUCAGAGUCGACCUCAUCCUCUCUCCCAGGCACCAGUCCACUGUCCGUGUCGGUCAGCCGCCUGAUGCGUGGGUUAGGGGCAGGUGGCCGGCGCGACGUGGGUCCGCGCCUAGGCGCGCCACUUGGUAAUCGAUGUUCGCACUUAGCGCAACCCGGUUACCGCUCCGUAGUCUGCCCCCUUGUUGGUCCAGCACAUCUCCCGUGUGGCCCUUGUUGUCCUGACCUGUUGCUUACUAUCCGCCAGAUAACAUUGCUUCGCUUGCAGGUCGCGUUUGCCAGUAGACUGCUAGUCACGAUCACGUGGGCGGUCUCAAUGUUGUUUUUCCAGGAAUUUAUAAUUUAACUACGCAUGACGUCCAGAUUGCCAAUUUUUGACGGAACCUUGCGAAAUAACCUGAAUCUAGCUAAUGAUCAUUCACUCAAGUAAUGUACAGACGAAAAGCACGUACGAGGCUUGUUACGAGAAAACGAAUCGCAUGUCACAACUAUCUCUCAGGCUUUGUUUAUUGUCGUCCCUCGUUCAUCCCGUACAUAUUUCGGUCGUGCAUGUUCCCAAGUGAAGUUAGAGUAUAGGAUUACCGAGAUGGUAAUGCACUGACUUUCACCUAGAGUUUUUGGCGGGACGCGUUAGAACAAGCUAAUAUGAGGUAACCAAGCAAUUAAGAUGGAGCCCUAUAAUCAUCUGAAAAUUCAGAUUAGUGAUCUAAUGCUUUCAGAACGCUGUUUACCUUCCUCACUACUGAAGUAGGAAACAGAGUUUGGCGCGUAAUACAGAGUUUGUAAAUAAUUGCAAUAAGUAACAACUACUUUUGAUGCGGCUUAUGGAAGAUACGAAAAUAACAAGCCCUGGGAUAGUGCUAAAUCGCCGACGAAAAUACCUACUUUUUUCUGACAAAGGCUCACUAGGAAAAUAAGCACUCGAUAUUUAAAAAUGCGUCCUAUUCUACCCAAAAAAGAGUGAGUCAGACAUCUUACGCAAUUUAUACCUAAAUAUACUACUCAACAGGUAUGUAAGUUGUCCCAUUUUUAUUGUGAAAUUUUGUGGAUUUUAGAAUGCCUCAUCGUAGAGGGCACUAUAACAGUACUUUCGUGUGCGUGCAUUUCGGUCUUGGACCCGAGUUUUGUAGAAAAAACAUUUAUUUCAAGGCAUUAUCAAGACAAACAUUUCCUAAUGUCAUACAAAUUAAGUUUUGUGAUCAUGCAGUGGAACGAACCACAAGGCAAGUGUUACACGUUUUGCAUCUGGUAUAGUCGAAAUUGAAGUACUCACUACGCGGCCAGACUAACCGCGCCCACAGCUUAUUUUCCCUUUCCUGUGGAGCUGUAGCCGUUUGUUGUCCGAGGAAAUCAAACAUACGUAAAUCAAGAUUAUUUUAUUGCCUCUUUUUGUGUUGUACACUUUUGCUUUUCCGUACCCCUCUCCCCUCCCCCCCCUCUAGGUCAUUUCAACGACUCUGGAUUUGAUCCACCUCGCGCUGAAUCAUCGUUGCCGUAAUAUCCCCGACAGCAGACCCACCGCGUCCCCCCUGUGUUUCGCCCCCAGAGAGAGCGUAACAAUGGGCUGUCGUUUGAUGGACGCCCUUGUCAACCUCCUGAACCGCAUAGAGGAUCUACGCAGCCUGGAUUCACUGCCCGGCCUGCUCUCCCUCCUGGUCCGUUGUCAAGACCUCCUGCAGAAGUUGACAAACGCGGAUCACCUAAUAUGCUCAGCUGCGCUGACUACCCUCGCGCAGAGCGCCGUCUCCCGCCUCACCGCUUCCCACGUAAGUAUGGGGGGGGGCCUUUUGGAGGGGGGGGGGAAGGGUGUGAAAUUAAUUGCAUCCCUUUUGGAGUAGUCCGUUCGCCAAUAAAAGUCCAGGCAGAUCGUCCUCCCUUCCGCUGUAUAGUUUUUCGACCACACAGCAACCUCCAUCACCCAUAAAUAAUGCAAUUCCUGUAUCCAGCUCUCUCUCUCUCUCUCCUCUCUCUGUGAUGACGACUAGUACUAUUGGAGGAGGAGUUUUUCUCAAGCUGUUUGGUUAAUCUCUGUGCGUCCUUCGUUUACUACUGGCGAUUAGAAUUCUGGCCGACUGAUCAUCGUUUUAGGGUUACAAGACACCAUACCAGCAUCAUAGGUACUCGCUAAAAGCCCAGACACGCGUGUUUCGCGGAUAUUCUGCCGCUGCAUGGCACAGCUGCGAGGAGUUCGGCUCUUCACUGGGUCCCCCAGCAUUCCCCGUUUGCUUUCUGGUAGACACUACAUCGCCUGUCAGCAUUGUUGAUUCAUGUCAGCUGGCUGGAUACUUCGGUGUUCGUGGUGAGUACUGUGUGUAUGCGGGGCUCGGCGACCAUACAACGUAGAAAACACCGGUUCUCGUCCGAUCACCGAAGUUAAGCUACGUUGGACCCGGUUAGUACUUUCAAGGGUGACCGGCUGGUAAUACGGGGUGUUGCUGACAUCUCUCUUUUUGUUCCCCCCUAAAUGGGUCACGUGGUAUAUACGUUGGACCAACAGGGGGGGGGGGGCAUAUUGGACUCUAGCAGGCGUUAUCGGCUUUGCGCACCGUCACAAAUGCCAACAUUUUCGCGGUGCGUUGACGGACCCGGUUGCCGGCGUGCGUUGCGCACACUGGGGCCCCGCCACUGCCCCAUUGUUGUGGUUAAUUAAAAACCUGGUUAUUUGCUGUGUGGACCAGGGGUGUGGAGUGGAACGCCUAGGUGCAGGCUCGACCGUGCCAUCCACCUGCACCCUCCCCCAUCUUCGGUCUUCUUGACUCCUCCUUUACACUGGGUCCAGAUGGGGAAGGAGGGAGUGCGGUAGAUGCAGCGCACGUCUACUAUUACUAUAAAUUAAUUCACGCACAAGCCACCGUCCCUGCUCUCCCCUUGCUUUGGAGCACAUGGUGGACAUAGUCGAAUUAUCGGUUGGGGUUAAGGUUAGAAAGGCUAGGGUUAGGGUCACACAGCCUAUCCAUACCGGGAGGUGGUGGUGUUAGGGUUAUUGCGCCCUCCCCGACUCCAGUUCUUCUUGACUCUGUCUUGACACGGGGUCCAGGUGGGGAAUAGGAGGAGAGAGUGUGGUAGAUGGAGCGCAAGUCUACUCUCACUAUAAUCCUGCGCAAGUCACCGUCCCUGCUUCCGCCCUGUUGUAGGGCGGACGGUGGACAUCGUCGGACGCGACGGCGAGGUGUCUGGCUCGAUGGCUCCUCAGUAUGACUCCUAUGGCGCUCUCAGACAUGUGAGAUCCAAGUCGCUUUUCCCCGAAAACCUGGUGCAUUUUGUGGGUCAAACGACAGGGCUAAAGGAUGGUUCUCACAAGGCUGAUUAAGGAUUAAAAGCAUUUGCUUUUAGGAGAAUUUGAAAUACAAGAUCUCACAGGCUGCGUAUUGGAGAGAACGAAGAAGAAGGGGGUAGAUGCAUUGUUAUUAAUUUUUAUAGAGACUGCUGGUUUAUGCCAUUGUUAUUUUCCGAUAUCAACUACAGUGAGAUGAAACAGCAGUUAAACCAGGAUCUUACUAGUUCACUUGUCUUUGAGAAUAUAGCUUGUUUGGUUCUUGGAAGUUCGUUGGUUUACACUAGCUAUGCUAGCCAGAACACCAGCAUAAGUAAUAUGCCAAAACAGGCGUUUGCCGUUAGGGACCCCAGUGAUUAGCAUACGAAAUUUUUUGCUCACCAAUAGCGUUCCUGCUGUCCACAAUAGUUUUGCAUCGAAUGUUUAAUGUAAACGUGAACCAGGGUGCUGAUACUGCAACCUCGAGCGAAAAUAAUUCCAAUCACAGCUAAUGAACACCAGCACUACCCGUAUGGAUAGCCCCUAAUUUUUUCUUCCUAAUGCCACUUUUAGACCUCCACGCAGAGGCCGUUAUCUGUAACGGCGCCUGCAGAGGCUCUCAAGCAUGCCGAGCCUGUCAACCUGCCCAAAGACUUCUUCUUCGAGCCUUCUGAGAUGGGAGGUGGUAGGAACGACUGGAAACAUCUGACAUCACCAAAAGGUGAAAAUCUCCUUCUAUCUUCACCACCAUCAUUGGUCCCAGAUAUCGUGCCACGGGUCGGCCUGCCUCCUGCCACAAAUAGGCGAAUUUUUACCGUGUCACCGCCUAAAGAACAUGGUGAGCGUUUUUCUUCUCCCAUUAAAAAUGUCUCCUACUCCCCCUCCCCUCACCCUCUUCCUCCCCACCCCUCCUUUCCCUCCCCAUUCCUCCCCCCCCCCCUCCUCACACAUUCUAAAAGCUUCUGUACAGCCAGUGGGUGGUCGUCGGCGAGCCUAUUGAAACUCUCCUCACUUUACUAGCAUGUUUUUAUGACAGAAUACGCACAAACAAAGGGCCUUGAUCCGUAAUACCCAACAACAUAGGGAAAUUACUUGGCUCUCGGUAAUGUCCGAUUUUAUCUAAAACUAUUCUGUUUUCCUUUUAUAGAACAGAUUUGGAAUGAACUCUUUAGUAAAAAGCUUUCUGUCGCUCCAGUGAAUCCAGCAAACGAAAGUGCCAACACCGGAUGUUUGCCAUACUACCCACUGAUAUUUCGGUCAAAAUUUUUGAUGCGUUACGCUUGCCAACGACAUGUUUCAUGCCUUCUAGAGACCGGCUUGUCGCAACGAUAACAUCAGCGAACUUCGAUUUACUACUUAUUUAGUAUCAGUAGAAUUAUUUUAGUAAUGUAACUGUUCAUGAUGUCUUUUGGUCUGAACACCUAAACGCUGACACGCCAUUUACAAACAUCGUCUGUUUGGCGUGCUGUUCAUACUUACCUAUGGUUGUAGCAGCGGCUCUAGGGCCUGACUUACACCCCAAAAGACUUUGAAUUUAUGUGCUUUACGGCGAGUUACCACCAUCCCACGUUCGGACGUUUGGGGCUCUAGCACUUGACAAGCAACGACGAACCGGUUGUGGGGUGAACACGUUUGGGCCCAGUCACCACUGUUCGUUGUUUGGGGCGACGUUCAUAUUACCAUGCUAGUGGCUUUUGCGAGCAGGGUUCUUACCAGUUUAUAAUCUCGGGGACUGUGCGGGCAAAUGAUGGUGUUGCAUGUUUGCCUGUGUCACUUUUGGGGUUGGUUAUUGAGGAGAAGAAAACAGUUGUUUGAGCAUAUUACAUCCAGUUGGAGUACAGCUCCAGUGCACUGCAUAUGCUGCGAGCACCUCCUUGCGUCCAUAUUGGCAAACUUAAAGAGGGGAAUCGUAGAAACACAAAAAUAAUUUUUUUCUGGCUUUUUACGUUACUGAUUUUCGCCAUUUCAUUUUCCCCACCAUCAUAACCCCAAAUUCAACCAUUCCCCUAUUUCAGGGGAUCUGGCAAAAUUAGUCUACUGGCGGAUGGGGAAGGACAUAGGAUCGGUCUGACUCGUGCUUUAAAAACAGCGGGCCUUCUUGCCUUAAAAUUCGUGUACGGGAGCUUAGAAGUGUUAGCUUGAAUGCAAGCCUAAAUUGGAUAUUCCAGGAGGUGAAACUUCGUGCUGCCAUAUGGCCAAGUCUACACCUAUGGUGGGGUCCGUUGGCAUCUUCUUCUUCAACGUUGUCGAGCUCUUUUCGCUGUGGUCCAUCGUGAGGUCCGUAAGUUGAAGUUAAUUAGCAACCUUAUACCGGGUUCCCAUCCUCAUCGCAUUAUCUCCACUGUUGAAGUCAAUGUCCAUCCCUUGCAGGACUCAUACUGGUUUCCUUUAAUUCUGGCCUUAAUUUUGAGCAGACCUUUGUUGACGGUACCUGCUGACUUUCAGUCUACCCUCAUUUUAUAUUGUCACCCCGCUCAGCUUAUAGAGUCUCCAACGUCGACUGCCGGAUAAGAUCGACCAAUCCGUCUGCCAAUUCUGUCUUUUUUUGUUUAGACGAUUGGUUGCCGGUCUGGCGGUUGUGGACGAACAUGGUAGGCAGGCUGUUACGGCCGCAGACCUCAGAGACCCCAGAUGACGGCAACAUCUACUGGCAGCGUCGUCAUCUACUUGGUCAGGCCCUGGAAGACGCCCUGCUUCCGCUGGGCGCUCGUCUCCCCCAGACUUCCAUUUCUACCCUGCCCACACCCCUUCUUCUCGUCACCCAGCCAACAGGUACCGGACUGGAACGAACCCUACGCCUGCUGCGCCUAUUCCUGCCCGAUCGCGUGAACGGUGUUCAGGGCAGCAUUGGGGGCAGGCGGGAGGACAACAGUCGUCGAAUACUCUGGGGUCUCCUGGAGUUGGUGGUCUCACACACGGACACCAUCUCCUCCUUGCCGGUGGGGGGAGAUGAAGCAGCCAAGACGCCAACCGAAGGUACACCUGCAUGCUGGCUGCGCGCGUUUUUUCUGUCCACAUCCACACUAUCCGCGGUCUUGCUUUGCCGAGCUCAUCGCCCUCUCUCCAUGCUCACCUGACUAGGCCUCCACGUGUGGAAAACUACACUGAGCGCCUUCGAUUGUAACGCCUGUUGGAAAUGAAUGGUUUCAGGCGAAUAGCUUCUCAGUGUCCGUAGUAGUCCCAAUCCUGUCGAAUUUCAUUAACCGAUAGACGAAUUUACAGGUGAUAGAUGAGACCCAGCUUCCCAUGUGGCUACUUUCCACCGGUAUCUCCAACCAGAGCACGUUGGCCACAGGCCUCUGACUGUCCAAAAAUUUCGUUAAGCUGUGGCUGACUGAACAUCGGUGUCGCAGGAUGGCUUAACAGAUCCUGGUCUCCAGUGUUUCGUGGAUUUGAGAGCAGAUUUCUCCAUAUAAGCUUUUCGGUACACCAGUUUAAGGUCCCCUGAACUUAGUCGAGCGACGAGUGAAGCCUUAUCUGAUUGCGAACAGCGUCGUGAAUUGUGUUUACAACCCGCUAGGGUCUGUGUUGCAAAGGCGCUGAACCAAGAGGGACGCCUGACUGGCUCACGGCACGUGUUUAUCAGGCUGUGCCAAGUCUGCCUAUGUCUACAACUACUGCUGUACGUGUGUGGGACACGCUUCAUGUAAGCCUACAAGCCGCGUUAGCUAAGACUAAAUGCCCAUCACUAUGCAUUAAAAAUAGUGCUUUUUAGAGUUGCCAACCGGUGAGGUAAACUGGAGCCAUUGAACCUACCUCUCAGACUUAAGUCUGACCCACUCUUCUUGAAAGCCUGGUGCAUGCAGUGCGAACACGCGCAGACGAGCUGUGCGGUAGAUGCUUCGCAAGUCCACAUUCACUAUAAACUAAUUAACGCGGAAGCCACUGGUUCAGCGUCCGCUCCGUGGGACACCUAAAGCACGCCGCCGAUUGCGACGGUCAAACUGCCGCGAAUUGUUUCUACCACUUCUAGACGCUCCGAGUUGUCCGCAAACCCCGUUUUUCUGGAGUUUUUGUCUUCCCGAGACUAAGGCACAAAGCCAAAAGCACGCUAUGGCGGUCCUAGGUUGAGGAGUACUCAUGUAAUUUCUUCGCCACCUUCCACUCGAUUGCAACCCGUUCGCCGAAUAAAUUAGGAUCCGAAAAGACUGAGCCUAACCCCUCAAAGUUGUUUUUUAUUCUUCUCAGUUCAACACUUCACUGCCGCCCAGCUUUACUAAUUGUUACACGGCAAACAUUUCGCCGUCCAACAUCACAAGGUUUUAUGCGUCCGUCAUACUUGCAACUUAGUGUUGAAAGCCUUAUCCUUGGUCACCCGUUUUUUGCCGAUCUUUUAAUGCACAGAAUCCUAUGGCGUCCGACUUAUUGUCCGGGCCGUUGAUGCUCGAUACAUGUUGGGCUAUUUGAUCCGGCAGCACAUGCGCUUCCGCCAGUGUUGUGUUCUAGCGCGCAUGUCGACAAGAUGGCUGCGAGGUCGUGCAAAACCCGCGUACAGUUCGUGACCUAUCCCGUGAAAGGUCGCGAACUGUAGCGCACAAACCGCCCACCCCGUCUCCGCGAAAGUUAUCCUGCGUUAAAUAUACGACCGAACUUCAAAUCGAGGCAUAGUUUGGUCCGUACAGUACUGUUGGCUAAAAAACAGUUUGUUUGCUCGAAUCUUAUUUCGUAGCCGUACCUGCAGUAGACAAGCCCCAGCUGCCUGUUACACGGGACCACUGGUAAUAGGGGGGGGUCUAACAAUAACCCCUAACUCCUAACAGGCGCGACGACGAAGUAGGAUCUUACCAUCCCGUCCUCGAGGCAGGAUACUGCGCUGCCGCUUGUGUUGUCCGUUCUCCUACCAAAAGAGGAAUCUAUCUCAGCCGCCACUACAGCACUUCCUUGAAGUCAAAGCUGACUUCUCAAAUCCUGCCGCUCCAAGUGUCCCCUCGGCUAGACCUUACACUAGUGCCUGGUUGGAGCCGGAUCAUUGACUGUCUUGGGUAGCGUGCUGGACACUCGACGCAGUGUAUAGCUUUCGAUAAUUCGGGCAUUUUCCUUAGGUCAGACUAUGGAGCAUUGAUCAAUCCGUCGGAACAAAAAACAUCUAACGAUUUAUCUUGCUGGACUUAGUAAACUAAAUUCGGUAAGAUGUGGUUAUGUACACAAUACUUUGCCAAUAGAAGCGAAGAGCCGAGUCCCAGGAAGUAGUCUUGAAGAAGGAGACACGAUCGCCGGGACAAGAGCUUUAUUAGCCUGACGUUUCGGAGCGCACUGGUGAACACUCUUCCCAACACCCGGGUCAACGCGUCAGAUGGUCGAGCAAUCAUCACGCCAACAUCCAACGCACGUGAUGAAAUUGCAGCAAUUAUCGACUCGAAUGUCGGCCAUCAAGCAAUGAUCACCCCAAGUGUGACAAUCCCGGAUGAAGGGGAAGCCGUGAACGUUCAUAGGUAUGCGGUAGCAUAGCUGCUGCAUCCUAUAAAUACCGCAGCCCCUUGUGCAACAACCACCCGUUUCUGCUCUUUUGUCUCUGAUGAUGGAUUCGAGUAGGAAUCCGAAACGUCAGGCUAAUAAAGCUCUUGUCCCGGCGAUCGUGUCUCCUUCUUCAGGACACAAUACUGUUGGGAUUGGGGUUAGGGGUUAGAGUUAGGAGUUAGGACAAUUAUUUCUUAACCACUCAAAGUACAACCGCGCAUUCCCAAUAGCUUUCCUCUUGCAUAUAAUUACUUGAUCUCGCCACCUGUGUGUUCCCCGGCCCCACCUGUAAAAACCCCUAUUGCCAUCCGUUCCGUAUUACAGGUGGGUGGGGUUUGUUUACAUCAGGUGGGGCCACAUAACCGCAUCUGACCCUAAAUUCCGGUUAAAAUGACCAGCCCUUUGAACCAGCGGCUAGCACGCUCACGAUUACCGAGAGGUGUCAGCCGAGUACCUCAUCGAGGUUCAGCGAAAGAGGGUCCGUCAUGUAAAACUCUCGUAGGACAACCAUUUCUAAUGGGCAUUCGCAUUUCCUCCGAGGAAUCUCGUCGGUCGGAUCUUAUUUCGCAGCCACACCUGCAGUAGACAAGCCCCAGCCGCCUGCCACACGGAACCGGUGGUAAUAGGGGUUUAACACUAACCCCUAACCCUUAGCUCCUGACCCUAACCCCUAACAGAUGCGGCUACGAAAUAAGAUCUUACCACCACGUCAAAAACGACUUUAUGACAGGUUAAUUAUUUAAGGCCUAAUAUAACUUUCAGCAGAGAAGGAGGGCGUCAUACAACGACAAAAAAAUGAAAAACUGUCACAAAUACAACGCAUUAGUACUUUGUCGAUUGUUCUUUUGUUUUUAAAGUUUCUGUGAGGCGGAAGGGCAUGGAGACUACUAGGUUGUCUAUGGUGGAUUGGUUUAUAUAAUUAAUAAGCACAAAAUCCAACUUCUGGUGCAUUGAAGAAUGUUUUCUUGAAAUGUCCCAAUUCCUUUUGAUUAACUCAAAAUGAUUUUCGAUUGGGUUAAAGCCCUUGCUAUUGGCUGGGAUAAAAAUGCUUCGAAGACCGCGGGAGGAGAGGCGGGUUGUGGUCUAAGAUAUUUGGUGAAUUGAAAGACGUUUAGCUGCCUUGUCCCAGUUCCUUUUUAUUAUCGCAAAAUGAUUUUCGACUGGGCUAAGGUCUGGGCCGUUGGCGGGAUUAAAAUGCUUCGAAGACCGCGGGCGGAGAGGCGGGCUGUGGUAUAAAAUAUUUGACUGUAGUCGUAAGCUGAAUUGGAAUCAUGCCUCCCUCGAGCGGUGAACAGGGGCAUUAUCCUGCAACACUACGGUGUCCCUUCGACAUCGAUGAAUGCAUCCUUUACGAUGUCGAUAAACACCCUGUUAUUUAUCGUCUCCAUAGUUAAACGCCAAACCGGUUGCUCAUCGAAUUUGAUGGCCGUCCAAACCAUCAGGCGUCGACAGUUAUUGAAUGUUGGUGCCGAUAUAGUGUGCUCUCGUGGAAAGUUCUUCCCACACAUGAUCACCCGAGUCGACUUCGGCGGCUUGUCUAAAAUUAAGACCUCAUCACAGAAGUAAAUGAAGGUCUGCGAUCAAUAUAUUUAUGAGCAAACAGAAGACGUUCUUAAAAUGGCUUUGUCAUUGCGUUGUGCCGAUGGAGGCCGAAUUCUUUCAUUCUUUUUCUAAUAAUGAGCGAAGAAAACCCUGACAGGUUUUUCCUGUAAAGAGUCUUAAGGGGCACAUAAUGAUACUUUUACAGUGUCCGACGAUUCCAAUCGUCGUCUUGCUUGCUUGCGGACCGUUUGGCCCACCGUGCUUAGCUCUAGGCGUUGUUGCAGGGAGCGAGGCUAUUUGGGUCCUAGGUAAAGGAUCUUUGCCUUAGAACGCAUCUCCUCCUCAAAACCUCUCGCAGGCCUUCUCGAGAAGCAGCACUUGUCUGUCGGCAUUUGCCUUUCUCUUAUACUGUCCUUUUUGUUAUCUCCCUCCCACGCAAGUUGCGCCGUCGACAGCCGCCCCCGCGCAGCUGCGUCCCCUGUCACUGUGGCCGCAGACGCCGCAACCACUGUUCCCCCUCGUUCGUGUUGUGAUUGGUCUGCUGGCCGGCCUUGAAGUCUCCUGGGCCUCCUCCCUCGCGCCCAAGAUCCCCUUCCGCGGACUGCCCUCCCCGGCUUCCUCGGAUCCGAACGACCCCACCAGUCCUGUACAGAUUGCUCUCGGCGUCUUCCCCCUUCUCGGUCUUCCUGAGGUUUCCAGGGCACGCGUCAACAAGGUGAGUUGAUCAGGGUCCUUCAUUGUGGUGUACGUUUCUGCAUACCUCUCACUUGAGGCACACACGUCGGUCGGCAACUUCACGUUCUGCGAUCCUAUGUGACUAAUUGUGUCUCAAGUCAGCCUUACUUGAACAGUCUUCUGCUGCUGCGGGAAAGCGAAGAGAGAGAGAGAGAGAGAGAGAGAGAGAGAGAGAGAGAGUGCGGUCGGUCUAGUUCUCGGACUCAGCGCAUAACUUUCUCACUAUCGAGAGCUAAACUCACCUCGAAAAUAUCACGAAACACUAACAAUUGAGGCCGAAAUGCCUGCUAGCUGAGUGGGGGACUCCAUCCUACAGUCAAUAGAAGCGAAGAGGCAAGUCCCAGGAAGCAGUCGUGAUGAAGGAGACACGAUCAUGUCUCCUGCUUCAGAACUCAGUCAUCCUGAGGCCUCUAUAUCAUCCUCACCUGCUUGCGAUCGGAGGCCCCUCACUAGAACUCGGUACGUGUGGAGUUAAGAACCGGGUCGUGUGUGACGCGCGCUCCAAACGGGCUACAUGGUAGACGCGCUGGACCAGCACGGGGGCCAUAUCGGAUUCUUGGCUUGUUUAAUUUCGAAGGAAAUUAAUGCGCGAACUUGAAAUACAUCUUUCGGGACGGGCCUUUUCACGCACGUUCCAAAUUUUGAUAUGAAUAUUUGAGCUGAAAUCCAUCAGCUACUGCGGAAUAGCCGCCUAAUAUUCACAAACCGCCAACAGGCAGCCUUUAGCUUUUAACAAAUACCUGUGUUGUUGGUACGGUGAAUCACUGCACAGUUCUAUAUCGGAUUCUGGUAGGCGUUAUCGGAUCGUGCACCGAAAUUUCGGGAUGCGAUGGCGAACCCGGUUGUCAGCAGUCGUCGCGCACCCUGGGACCCCUGACACACCCCCAUUAUUGUUGCUGGUUAAAAAUCUGGUUAUUUGUUGCGUGGACCAGGGGGUGUGGAGUGGAACGCCAAGGUGCGGGCUCCACCAUGCCAUACACCUGCGCCCUCCCUUCGCCUCCGGUUUUCAUGACUCUGUCUUGAAACCGGUCCCAGAUGGGGCAGGCGAAGGAGGAAAGAGUACGGUCCGCAAUCCGAUAACGCCUGCCAGAAUCCGAUAUGGCCCCCGUGUUGGUCCAGCGCGUCUUUCAUGUAACCCGUUUGGAGCGCGCGUCACACACGACCCGUUUCUUAACUCCGCACGUACCGAGUUCAAUUGAGGGGCCUCUGAUCGCAAGCAGGUGAGGAUGAUAUAGAGGCCUCAGGAUGACUGAGUUCUGAAGCAGGAGACAUGAUCGUGUCUCCUUCAUCACGACUGCUUCCUGGGACUUGCCUCUUCGCUUCCAUUGACUGAGUUCUCUCAGUAGGACCGAGUCCCCCACUCAGCUAGCAGGCAUUUCGGCCUCAAUUGUUAGUGUUUCGUGAUAUUUUCGAGGUGGGUUUAGCUCUCAAUAGUGAGAAAGUUAUGCGCUGAGUCCGAGAACUGGACCGACCGCACUCUCUCUCUCGCCUCGCCUUCCCGCAGCAGCAGUAGACAGUUCAAGCAAGGCUGACUUGAGACACCGGUCCCAGAUGGGGGAGGGGGAGGAGGAGAGAGUACGGUAGAUGCUGUGCGUGUCUACUACCGCUAUAAUCUAAUUCACGCACAAGUCGCCGUCCCUGCUCCCAGCUUGAUGUGGAGCACACGGUUGACAUCGUCGGAAUUGACGGUCGGACUAUCCUGUGACACUCAUAGAUGGAGCAUUUAACUCUGUCGGCAACUGCGACCGGCAGCUGAUCCUGAACACCCAGUAGUAGGCUGUUUUACUGAGAGUCAAAGCUACGGAGGGACAAUAUUUCUGAGGGAUAGCUGACGAGCGACCGUUCUACCACGACAUCGCUACGUAUGCACACAGACAGAGGGGGGGGGGCAGCUGCCAUGAAGCAAGACCACCCCAAGACCCCUCUCAAGAGCCUGGAAAUCGACUGAGAGAUCUGGGAAGUCCUUGAGUGGGAUCGGUAGGCUUGACAUACUGCCAUAAUGUCUGAAGUAGCCGUCUUUGUGGCCGAGGCGAGGUAAUAAGCACGCAAUACCGCAAUCCGUAUCAGAAGAAUAAGAUAUGACAGCUGGCCUGACGUUUCGGAUUCUCACUCGAACUCAUUAUCAGAGACUGUCACAGAAGAGGGUAUUAGAGGUACAUGGAGUGCAGUAUUUAUAGGAGGCAGUUGCUCCGCAACCAUAGACCUACAGUUACUGACCUAACUCAUGAAAUGUGUCGAAAUUUACGAAUGAUUGCCAAUCACUCGCAAACCGACAUGAUUUCAUGAGUCCAGUCUCUAUGUUAAUUGAGUACAAGUAUAAAAGAAUCAAAAAUAUUAAAGAAAUAUUAAAGGCAGUGUUGCGUUGCUUAGAAAUGCCGAUUUAUUUUGAAAAGCGCAAUAUCCCCAAAACGUCAGAAAUGGCUCUGCUUUAGUAGCCUUCGUUUUUAGAUAUAUAGAAUGUAUUCACACACCAAAAACGUAGUAAAUAUGGAAGUAGACAUACAAUAACGCUUAAUAGCAGUGUUUAGUGAAGUUUUUAUCUAGAUAUCGUUUAAUAAGUAGCGUGAUCUCAUAUGUGACGGUUUGUCAACUGCCUACAUUCUGAGUAUUGAUUCCGAAACAGUUUUCCAAUGAUUCCGGGUUGUUUUUAUUUGUUUAAAGUAAAUGAGAUGGGGUUCAACGAGAGAAGCUAAAUUUUGCUUGAUUUCACCGUUGGGGAUGUCGUAGGAACAAAAGUUUUCAUAAGGUGACGCGCAAUGAGACUGACAGACGUGAUCAUAAACAAACCAUUUUGUGUUUAUAGAGAGAACUUCUCUUCCGUUAAAUUUAUUUACACUUCUCGUUCGUUGUGGAUUACGUUGAAUUUCAGAUCAGCCUCGAAAUGUUGCUGAAAACUUCAUGAUUUUCAGUGUUCUCACCCGAUCUUAUAUAAAGACAGAUUCUGAAUUACCUGUCUGUUGAUAACUUCAAAAUAAGAUUGUUCUUGUAGGCAUUUACCGAAUUAGUAAGUGUUCAGGCACUCCUUUUCACGAAGAUGGUCGUUUGGGUCACAUUUGAAGACUAAUUCAAACAUCAAACUUCAUUUUCGAGAAAAGUGUCUGUCCACAACGAAUGUCAGCAACGAAUAUGCCUUCGAUCAAUAAGAAAACGUUCCUUAAUAAGUUACCUCUUUGAGAAGUGCUUCAUUACUGCACACCGUCGACGGAUCUCUGUGUACUUUGCAUUUUUGCACGGUGAGGCCAAGUAAAAAUUUGACACUUGACGGUUUCUUUCACGUUCCUAAGCAAUACUAAUAUUUUUCUACCGUAAACGGAAGAACAUGCCUUUCUCUAUACAUUGAGGCCAUUUUCACUGUUUUUGCUCGCUUUUAGGCUCCGUUCUUCGAUUAUGAAUGCACGGCAGAGCGCCCAUAUAAAUACUGAUAUUCUGAUGAAACUAAAAAUGUUUUGCUCGUUCUAUUUCUAAAAAAAGUUUGUGCAAAAGCUGAAACACUAGAGAAGUAGUGUACCAUAUGUUUAAAGCUGGAAAUGACCAUUCCGUGGUGGUCAUCUAUGUGACAUCAGGUAGAAUUUUCCAAACGGCAAAAAAAUUUCAGCCCACUUAAACGAAGGAAUCUCUGUCUUCGUUAUUAUUGCACUUUAUGGCACCAAAUCGCACAGAUCUGCUAAUUUGACAUUAAGGAAUUGAAAAAACCUCUGGUUUUCUUAAAAUAACAUUUGUGUCAGCAGAUUAAUUACCACAGUUAACAUCGGACACAAAAUAAAUUUUCAAGGUCGGCUAAAUCUGUCUAUUAAAACUCGCGGGUAAAACUACCAUCCUUACAAUGAAAAAGUCGCUCAGAUGCAUAACCGGAGUCUAGGACAUGUAUUAGCACAGGAAAUCGCAAGAAUAAAUUCCAACGUCUAUUUUCGCCAAAAUUUACUGAUAUUUUACUUGAUAUAAUUACGUAAACACAAUUUCUGUACAGGAAAAGGACAUUUUAUUGAAGGGAGUGGAUGAGCGAACAAAAUGCUCAACAUUAAAGCCGUCCAGAAAUUCUCUGAUCAGUUUCCGUUAUCAGAGUUCACGAGAUAGGUCACGUACUGUACAAUUAUUAUCAUUUUUGUUAUCGCUCGGAGUCGUAUUUGAUGCGAUGAUUAGUUUCGGGUCCAUACCUGAGUCGUUAAUGUCCGCUAUUCCAUCACCGUUCUUGAUUCCUAGGACAACGAUUACUCGGUUCUCUGAAUCGCUGCCACCGGAACUGAUAGUCGCCCCCCGCCCCCUCCCCGCUUGGUUAUUUAUUUUUUUUGACCAGACAAAAUGGCAGUGCAGGAUAUGGAGGCGGAAGGUCAUUGCGCUUGUUAAUCGAAUGCUGGUCAAUGAAUCCUGACUCAAGCGGUCGCAGCUUACGCGGUUGUCACCUUUAGCAAGAAUUUCGUCCACGUUAAACUUGAAGACGUGGCCGAGUCACGUUAAAUGAACCGCGUUCUGGGAGCUUACGUUACUGCUCCUCACUGCUUCUGAAUAUUCACUGUCAUUUGCGUUCGGAGUAAUCUCCCGGUCUCUCCGACGUUGUUGAUUUGUCCGCAGCCUCACCAGAUCUGGUAACCGACUCCGGCCGUUUCCUGCCGUAGCAGUUUGUCUUUUGGCAUGCUGGUGACCAGCGCAGUCAACAUCAAUUCCCAUCAGUCGGUCUACAACGUUAACUGACGUUCGGUGUGACAGCUGUUUUCCCUUGGGACCUUUAGAUCUAUCGAUGUAUCAAAAGGGAAAAAUCUCCUUAUUCGCUAUAAAAUUUACUACUAUUACUGCUACUACUACCACCACCACUACAACUGCUGCUGCUGCUGCUACUACUACUACUACUACUACUACUACUACUACUACUACCACUACUACUACUACUACCACAACCACUACUGGUGCUACUACUACUACUACUACCACCAUCACCGCCGCCAUUACCUCUACCACUACCACCACCACUACUACUACUGCUGUGGCUACUACGACUACCACCACCAAUGCCGCCACCGCUACCACUACUAUUGCCGCUGCUGUUACUACUACCAGUACCACUACCACUACCGCCACCAUUACCACUACCACUAUUACUACCGCUACUAAUACCACCACUACUACUACUGCUACUACUACUAUUACUACUACCGCUACCAUUACUGCUAUCGCUGCCACCACCAUUAUCAUCGUCACUGACGACAUCCCGACGCCCGUCCUCACUAUAGAUUCGCUUUCCAGUCCUAGCUCACUCACAUAGUGGGCUAUCGUCAAGACACAGCGCCAUCUUACCCAAACUACGAUCGUACACGCGGCAGUCCUGUAUAAGCCUGGUUGGACACCCACGAAUCCAUCGUGCUACGAGUGGAAAACUAGUGCCUGGAGCACGGGCCAGUUCCCAUCACGCCCCCCGCUCUCCCUUCCCCUUCUCCACGCAUGGGCUUAUUCAGUCUUACGUGCCCAGGAACCCACCAAUCAUGACAAUGUCGCCCAUCGCGUGUGCUUCCACUGUUUCCAUAUAUUCAGUCAGCGUUGGGCGUACAGUAGGUUGGUCAACUCAUGAAAUGUCAACCGAAAUUUCGAAAUGCGUGUUCGUUUCGAAAAGAUUAAUUAAGUAGGGUUGUAAAACUAAUAAGCGUGCAGCAUAAUUCAAUAAUAAUUCAGUUACCUCAGGAUGUCGGCGUUCCAGCGAACUUCCUUUCGGCUGCAUGCAAAAAGGAUACUCUGCAAAAACGACUGCUUAAUUAGCAUGCAUUUUUUUUACCAAUUUUCGAUGCCCUUAACUAUUCAAAUAUAUUUCAUGAACAGCAUGCAUAACAAUAUUCAUUAUUUUGCUUAUUGGGUAGAAAAUGACGUCUUCUUCCAAUUUUAUACUCGAAGGAAGGGUAUAAUUCGGUUUUUGAAAGUUUCUAAUUGUGGGGUUUUUUAAUAUCGUGAAAUGCCCGUUCAUAAAACGUCAUGUCUCUGCAUUUACCAAUGUGGCUUGUAAAGUUAACAAUAUGGCUAUGCCAGCCCUUAGGAAUCCGUUUAUGUAGUCUGGUUCAGUUUGUACGGAGGUUGGGGAGGGCUGUGGCAUUUCCAGGUAAAUGUUCUGUGCCAGGCCAGCCGCCACCUGAACAAGACUGGCCUGGUAAGUUGUCGGAGUUACAGCCUCAGGACACAGUUUGGUUCGAAUUUCGGGACCGAAAGAAAACAGAUGCCGCUAGCCAGAGCGAAGAGUAAUGAAAGCACACAGUGAAGACCCAACACGAGCGGAGUUCCAGGGAGCAGCUCCGAAAAAGACAAUGCGAUCACCCACCACCCCUCUCCCCCUCCCUUAUUUUCUGAAAAUCGCCUUUUAUUUGUUCUUUUUUAUUGUUGCGCUCAAUUUUAUAGUCAAAUGACUGCAUGCGACAAGACUUUCAACAGAAAUGUAUCUACGUAUCUUGCUCUCCGUCCUGCAAGUUGCUUCACCCGUAAAACCCCCCUCUACCACCUUUCAACGUAUGACAGUCUCCAAGCUACAGUGCGUGACCUACAGUACCUGUGCUAACUCAUGAAAUGUCACGAAUUAACACAGGUUAACGACUUUAACGCAAAAUCGGUAAACACUACGGCUCCCAAAGUCUGAUGGCGGAAAAUAAACGAUGUGUCAAAGAAAUAAAGCAAAGUUUGGUUUAGAAAAUAUUAUUUACUGAGAUAAAAAUAAAUAAUUUUCGACAAAAGUCACAUUUUCGAGAAACGCCUAUAUUACAACCAAGUUAAUAAAGGCUACGUAUGAGGACGUAUAAAGGAGGAGGGCGCAUAAAAGGUCAAAAAUAAUUAAGGAUAGAAACAGAUACAAAAAAUUAGUACUUUGUAGAUUGUCCAUUCGAAUUAAUAACAGCAGAAAGUCUGUCCGACAUAGACAUGACAAGGUUAUCUAUGGUGGAUUGUAAAAUGUAAUUAUUGAGUAUAAAAUCCAAUUUUUCCUGCAUUGAAAGAGUCUUCUUAGCUUUGUGCCAAUUUCUUUUGACUAUUCCAAAAAGAUUUUCGAUAGGAUUCAAAUCGGGACUGUUGGCCGGGAUGAAAAUGGAUUGAAGGCCAAUUGCGGAGAGCGUGGUUGUUGUCUAAAAUGUUAGAUUAUAUUUGCAAGCGGCAUCAAAUUCGUGCCUCUUUAGAGCGGUGGACAGGUGCAUUGUCCUGCAAAAUUACAGUAUCCAUUCGGCGCCGACUUAUGCCGUUGUAGCCGAAAGCGUCCUUGACAAUUGCAAUGAACACCUUGCUGUUGAUGGUGUCGGAUGUUGACCGCCAGACAGGCCGCUCACCGAAUUUAAUCGCCAUUCAAACCAUCAUCCGUCGACAGUUCUUGAAUGCUGCCGUCGGUGUAGUGUGUUCUCUUUGGAAGUUCUUUCCACAUAUGACGGUUUGGAGCGAUUUCGUAGGCUUGUCUAAAAAUAGAACCUCAUCGCAGAAGAAAAUGCUCUUCCAAAAUGAAGAUCUGUAAUCAAUAUAAUUCUUAGCAAAUAAAAGCCGUUCUCUAAUUAGUUUUCUACUUAAAUAUGGCUUAAUCAUGGCCUUCCGCCGCUGCAGUUCAAAUUUCUUCAUCCUUUUUCUAAUGAUGUUCAUAGAAAACAUCGGCAGAUGUUCCCGCUGAAUGGUCUCAAUGGGCAUGUAAUGAAAAUUUUUUAAUGUACGACGAAUAAAAUCGUCGUCUUGCUUACUUGUGGACCGUUUUGGUCCCCCUAUCUUAUUUCUAGGAACAGUUUUAUCAUUAAUAAUGCGCCACAGAGUGACCUUGCUAAUAUUGAAAAUACUAGCUAACGACUCACGCGGGAUUCCCUCCGCCGCUAAUUUUCGAAUGCGCUGGAAGUCAACUUCGGAUAAGUAUUGUUUAGACAUAGUUAUCGUUUGGCGUGGCAGAGCAAAGUGACGGCAUGUCGCGCGAACUCAAUAUAUAUUCGUUUACGACACGCAUUUUCAGUCUGGUAAAACAAUCACACUGAUAAACUUUUUUAUUUCGGUAUUUUGAAAAAUAAAACUUUACGAAUUUGUAAAAUAGAAUUUUUAGAUAAAGAAUCGCACGUUAUUUCCUGAACACAAUAAGAAAUAAUUUAUCUGCAUUUCCCUGAUUUUGUUGAUAUUGAAAUUUAAUUUGUUCUUUUUGUUCGAAAGUUUAUUAAAAAAUUUCGUCCUUUUAUUAAUCUUCUUAAACAGAUUAAUAAGGUAACACAAAGAAUUUCCAUCCGAAGGCUUUAAUAGCGUAGGAAACUGCUUGAAUAUCAGGAAUCCUCCGAUUUCGCCUAAAUCCGGCCCGUUUUCUAUUUAAUAUACAGAUCCGUAUCAAACUUUCCUUCAGAAAACGGUCUUUUCGUCCUUAUUUCAACUACAUAAACGCAAAUAACGACACCAAAAAUACGCUACAUUUUCCACUAUAAUUUUGACCUCGGCAUUUCAUGAGUUAGCACAGGUACUGUAUCUCAUGAAAUGCUAGCCAAAAUUCUGGAAUGUGUUUCCGGUUAGGAAGGAUUUCUUAAGUGGGGUUGUUAUACUGAUUAGCAUGCAGCAUAACCCUAUAACAUUUCGGACUCGCCAGGAUGGCGGCUUUUGAAUGCGUCCCUUUUUGACCACCUACAGAUACCACACUCUGUAAAGAAUGACUACUUAAGUAGCAUGCAUUUUUCUUAUUGAUUUUCAAUAGUCUUAUAAAUUCAAAUAUAUUUUACAGAAAAAAUGUCCAAAAUAUGCUUUCUGUUGCUCAUUUGGAGGGAAAUCACAUUGUCUUCAUAUUUUAUGCCCGAAGAAAGUGUAUAUUUAGGUUUUGAAAAAGUUUCUAAUCAUGAGAUUUUUAAGACUGCAAGACCGCACAUGCCCUUUUACUAAUGCUCCUCCUGAACUGUACAAAACAGUCCGGAUCCAUUGCAAAAUUUCAUGAAUUCUACGUGUAUCUUCUUAAAGACAUAGAUGAAUAUGUGAUUUUCCUUAAGCGGAAAGCAUGCACCUUAUAGACUGAAAUUGCUAAACGCUGAUACCAUGGCAGAUCAGGCUGAAAAUUAUUCGGGAAUUAAGAAACUUUUUUAAAACCUAAAUAUACACUUUCAUGGGUAUAAAAUGUAAAGACAACGUGAUUUUCUACCAAAGAAGUAAAAUAAAGCCUAUUUUGUGCAUGUUUUCUGUAAUAUAUAUUUGAAUUUGCAAGACUAUUGAAAAUCAAUAGGGAAAAUGCAUGCUACUUAAGUAGUCUUUUUUACCGAGCGUGGUUUCUGUAGGAGGUCAAAAAGGGGCGCAUUCAUAAGUCGGCAUCCUGGCGAGUCCGAAAUGCUAUAGGGUUAUGCUGCAUGAUAAUCAGUAUAACAACCCCAUUUAAGUAAUCCUACCUAAUCGGGAACGCAUGUCAGAAUUUUGUUCAGCAUUUCAUGAGGUCGGUCACGCACUGUAGCUCAAGUUACUUGGGGGUCCUACACCCCAUCGUUGCGCCCUGACUACUAGGUCAAUGUAGUAACCACAGGGACGACUGAUUCCAGCCCGCCGUUUGAAUAUCGCUGCCCUGCCGACCGAAUGGGGCUCGAUGCUUUGUAACCAGUCCACAGGUUCCUGUUGGCAGACGCGUACAUCAGCGCAUGUUCGCGCUGUUACACAAGCCGGAGAUUUAGUGCUUCGGUUACGUUGGCAAACAUGCUUUGUGCUUACACCUGGUCUGCAUGCGUCCGUCCACAUUUCACGAUUUUUUUUACUGUUGAUGGGAGGGGGGGUGACGGUUUGUACUAGUAGCGGGUUGUAGCUCAACUGCCGCACACCGUACAGCGCACGAGCGCGGUCCACUCCUCCCCAUUCAUCUGGGCAACUCUACAUCGUACCCCUCUCCACCCCUCCCCCCGCCCGGUUCAAGCUUGCGCUCAUUGCCGUUUGCUGCAGUCGCUACGUUUGUACUAGUUCCUCUCCCUCUCUUCCACAAGCUGGCGUUUUCCGUAACUGUUUUCACGUUUCCAUGCUAGGACAUUCCAUUGUAGUACAUCCUUCGGCAUUCUCAUUCCGAUUUGCUGGUGUGUUUUGAGUGGCUUGAAAACAGGCAUGUACAGCAGGGCGUGAUUUUCUACCGAAUAAGUAAAAUAAUAAAUAUUUUAUGCAUGUUUUCCAUGAAAUAAAAAUAAAUUUUCAAGGGUAUCGAAAAUCAAUGAGAAAAUUGCAUGCCACUUAAGUAGUCAUUUUUUGCAGGGUGUAGAUCCUGCAUGCAGCCGAAAAUAAGUUUUUUCGAAGGCCGACACCCUGAGAUAACUGGAUCAUUAUAGAUUUAUGCUGCAUCAUGAUAAGUUUUACAACACUACUUAAUUUAUCUUUUCGAAACGAGAACGCAUUUCGAAAUUUUGGUUGACAUUUCAUGAGAUAGUCUAUAUACUGUAGCUCUUAUGCAACAGAAAUGGAAUGAAUCUUAAUUGAAGCCUACCGCGAGCCCUUGACAGUAACGAAUGGAAGCGCACAGCAGUAUGAAUUUUUACGGAACGUCAAUGUAUAAGAGCAAGGCAAUGAGUAAUCGGCUGAAAGACGUCUUCAUAAGCAUCAUAUAGGAAAGAUGGAGAGGGGAUGUUAACAACAGUUCACAGUCACGAGUAAAUCGAGGCGUGAAGGUUACCAGGGCAAUUUCAGAUUUACCACGUGGUCUAACUGCUUGCAUAGGUCUGGUUUCAUCCUCCAUAUGUAAGCUGCUUCCAAGUAACGCAAGGUUCGGGUUGUAUGCGCCGGGACACGUACUCAAAAUGCUGUUUUAGGGUCGACAGCAUGACCGCUGUCGAACUGGUGUUGCGUUAUAGACGAACGAGGGGUUUUGUUUUUCUGCUUAAAAAACCAAUUUGCCAAAUGUCCAGCGACCCUGGUUGCCAGCUGCCUUUGCGUUCUCCCAAUCUGCAUGCAUCCGCAAGUGCAUGUGAACUCAUACACGCAAUUUGACGUAGCGUGCAUCGGCAAGGCAUCCUUUUCCCGCUUAAUUGGAAGGCUUUUAGUGGAACCGAUAAAAAUGAGUUCUGCUGCGUUAUACGUUCUUUCAAUGGUGCAACACAAGCGUCGCUUGAUUGUGUUUAAGACGUUGUCACCCCUAAAAGGUAAGCAUAUUAUAACGGGCUUCUUCGGAACAGACUGUUUCGUCAACUUUGACCGUAAAUGGUUGCUGUACUUCUGAAUGAAGCGGGCAGGAUAAUCGCGAUCAAGUAAGGCUUCUUUGAUGCGGACCGUUUCUGUAUCUGUGGUCUCCCUCGAGCAAAUAUUUCUCGCUCUUUGAAAAAGAGUAUGUACUAAAUUUCUUCUGGCGCAAAACUUUUCAAACGAAAGUAUUGGCUUUUCCACGCAAUCUUGUGGGAAACGGAGCGCCUUAUUGAAUCAUCAUCCUCUCUAAACAUGCGAACGUCUAGGAAGAGUAGCUUGUUACACUGCUCCAUUUCCAUCGUUAAUCUGAUUUUCGAAUGCAAAUUAUCCAUCACACAGGGUAGGGCGGCGGCGUCCUUCCUGUUGUCAAUAAUCGUGAAUAUAUCGUCCACUUAUCUCCUGUAUAAUGCUGUCAUGUUUAAUUUGGAUGACACCUUUUCUUCUAGGUAACCCAUAAAAACGUCGUGGAAAGUUGGCCGGAGUGGAAUACCCAUUGCGACUCCGUCAAUUCAUCUGUAGCGUUCCCCAUUAAACAAAAGUUGAACAUCUUUGGUGCAAAGUGCCAGCAGAUCGCGUAGUAUUUCGGGAGACAGGCGGGUUUCGGACGCAUGACCAUCACUGUAACUGCAUCAGUCUACGUUAAACGUCUCUCCCCCGCGGGUCUCUAACCAUAACUCAGGAAAUAACACCCCUCUCAUUGACGAUCUGAAUCACAGGCCCGUGAACUUUGCACAGAAACAUCCACUUUUCGAAGAUGGGGCCUAACUCGCUCCUUGGGAAGUCAGACCUAAACUACUGCCCUCGCGAUGGUCGUCCUUCGUCUUAUGUUACCUGCUUUGUUGAGAAGAGGUACAUCCUCUUCCCCCGCAAUUUUUACAGAUAAAAUUUGUUAUAGUCCGUAAUUCAGUUGAGUUAACAUGUUUUGUUAUGUUGUAAGCCAUCGGAAGUACGAAUCCCCACAGCGAAAAAACUUCUGUCAUAAAUGUUGAAUUUUCAACUGGAAGCAGUCCCUUACGGACCAGGUGACAAGGAAGUCGACCGAGGCUGCGUGAAUUUGCAUUUCCACUAGUCACUGACACAUUGACGAAUGCCGGAUCAAACGCUGCGUCAAACCCACAUUCACUCAUAUGGACGUUUGAACGUGAUUGGUGUAUGAAGGGAGAAACUCAGGUCCAUGCUGCGGAAGUCGCCCCUUCCGAUAAUCAUGUUCACCGCUUUCCGGGACAGUGGUGGUCCUCAUCGUGGUUUCCCCCGCCCCCCCCCCCUAAAACGGGCCACCCGGUAGAUGCGCAUGUCCCACAGCGGGGCUAGAUCGGUGUUCGGUAGGUCAUUUGCGAUGCAUGCAUAUGACAAAUUCCACCAUCAGGCAGCACGCCCAGGCGCGGGUCCACGGCGCGCCAGUUGGACUCCAGUCACCCCCUUUUCUCUUAUACAGUAGAUGUGCUAACUCAUGAAAUGUCAACCAAAAUUUCGAAAUGCGUUCUCGUUUCGAAAAGAUAAAUUAAGUAGUGUUGUAAAACUAAUGAUGAUGCAGCUCAAAUCUACAAUGGUCCAGUUACCUCAGGGUGUCGGCUUUCAGAAGGACUUAUUUUUGCCUGCAUGCAAGAUCUUUACUCUGCAAAAAAUGACUGCUUAGGUAGUAUGCAAUUUUGUCAUUGAUUUUCGAUGCCCUUAAAACGCCAAUUAUAUCAUGAAAAACAUGCCUAAAAUAUUCAUUCUUUUACUUUUUCGGUAGAAAAUCACGUCUUCUUCCAAUUUCAUGCUCAAAAGAUGAGUAUAAUUAGGUUUUAAAAAAACGUUUCUAAUUGUGAGAUUUUUUAAUACCGUUAAAUGGUCGUCCAUGAAACGUCAUGUAUCUGCAUUUACGAAUGUGCCUUGUAAAGUUAACAAUAUUGCUCAAAUCCACUGCUUAAUUUUAUGAACCUCAUAUAGUCUCCUCUUAACACCGUAGAGAAAUGCAUGGUUUUCCGUACACAAAAAAUAUACAGCUUGUAGUUUUGAAACCCUGAAUGCAAAUGUAACAGCAGGUCGGGUUCAAAAUUAGUCGAGAAUUAGAAAAAAAUUUUAAAACCGAAUUAUACUCUUCUUUUGAGUAUGAAAUUGGAAGAAGACGUGAUUUUCCACCGAAAAAGUAAACGAAUGAAUAUUUUUAUGCAUGUUUUCCAUGAAAUAAAAAUGAAUUUUCAAGGGUACCGAAAAUCAAUGAGAAAAUUGCCUGCUACUUAAGUAGUCAUUUUUGCAGAGUGUAGAUCUUGCAUGCAGCCGAAAAUAAGUUCUUUCGAAAGCCAACACCCUGAGGUAACUGGCUCAUUAUAGAUUUAUGCUGCAUCAUCAUUAGUUUUACAACACUACUUAAUUUAUCUUUUCGAAACGAGAACGCAUUUCGAAAUUUUGGUUGACAUUUCAUGAGUUAGCACAUCUACUGUAUAUAAUCCUGGUUGGCGUACGUUGUGGAUCGCGGGACGCGGUGGUACGCCUUGGUGCAGGCUUUCGCCGUGCCGGUUACCUGUCUCCUCUUCCGCCCAGGCGGGGGAGGAGGAGAGGAUGAGGUAGAUGCUGCGCAAGCCACCGUCCUUGCUCUCACCCUGCGGGGAAGCACAUGGGGGUCAUCGUCCGCCAAGACGGUCGAACUGCCGUCGUCUGUGCAUAUGAGAGAGGGAGAGAGACUUUUGGGCAUGAAUGGUUCCCAGUAUAUUACUCGAACUCAUGCAUCAUCUUCCCGCUCUCCUCUUACCAGUUACUUGUGGACUUUUCGCAUCGUCGGGUGGAUCCCAGCAGCCCUCUUUACCGGGCAACCGCUUUCCUCCUCUCCCUCAUCCUGCCCAUCUGUCAUUUUGGUGAUGUUCGCCUGGCUGCAGACAUGCUGGCAGCGAAUUCUGCUACGGCUCGCAACGGAGGUGAGGAAUGUGGUGGGAGUCAACCGACGCAGCCUCUGCCUGCCCUCGAGCCUCUCCUCUCACGCCUAACGCCCCGGGAAUUAGCCGCUGCCCUGUCCGAUAUUCGGCGCAGUCUCCGUCUUCGGGCCGGUUUCGAUUGGUUUCACCGCACGUCGCUGGCCCGCAGCCCGGCACCGCCGCCGCCGCCGCCCAACCCACCACCAUUCAUCACCCCUGGUCUGCUCAUUGCUCUGGGCCAAUCACAUCUCAUGGAGACGCCGGGCAUACCGGAUGCUUUCGGUGGUCUUCUACGUAGUAUGCUGCUCUGUCAGUUUCGUGCGCCCACUGUCUCCGGUCGUAUCGCCGCCAUCUUUGAUCGACGUGAGUGUGACGUCAUUGCUGGCAGCGGCGGUGGUGGUGGCGGCGCCCCUGGCGCUAAUGGUGCCGACAACGAGGCAGCCCGUGAGAGGGAGUCUUCAGCAGAGCCCUUGGCCGAAGGGCUGGAGGAGAUUGAUGUGGAUGGGGAGAUGAUGAUUGUUAUUGAUAGUUGA